GCGUCUGCGGUAGACUGCGAUCUACCGGAAGCUAUUAUUUGGCAAGUCAUCGUCCAGGAGGUGGCCGGCCGUUGUAUUUCGAGUAUGAAAAGUUCAUCCGCGAAAAUACUUAGGCAGUGCCAUGUUGAUUGGAUGAUCUCAUGUAACAACCCAACCCCUUUAGAAUUUUUUCGUUUUAUCCAACCGACACAUAAGUCUCGUGCAUUUGAAAAGUACAGGAAGACUCUUGAGCAGGCUAUCAACUUUUGCGAAGACUCAAACAAACAGUUGAAACUAAGAAAUCUCAGAGAAACUGUUAAUUACAAUUCAGAUUGGGAAUUGUGGCUUGUAGAAAAAAAAGCGAGGUCAAUUCGUGAUGAAGUUCAUGAAACAAAUGUGAAAGUACACCAAGAAUUAAACACCCUUGUUAGGAAUGGAGGAAGACAAAAGCAGAAUAAUGAAAAUGCCGAUGAUGAGGAAG